AUGGACGAAGACGUCGCUACGCUGCAGUUAGACGCCACAGUUGGACGAUUCGGUAAAAAGAAGAUCGUCUACGGCGUUACUCGCAAUGAUGCAUGGAAUUAUAUAAAAGCACCGCCUUAUUUGCGGGAAAUCAGAGUGUCGGAGACAGCAUUUUUGAAAGUGUUUUUUCUGCAGAUAUCGGCAAUAGUUAAUCUUUUUACAAAGACAUCAAUGCCAGUCAUCUGUGAGAGCCUGGACGGAAUCCAAGAAUGCCGAGGGUUGCGGAUGAAAAGAGUCAAGAAGAGCAAAGAAUAUUCACCAAUACAUCAUCCUAUCAAUUAA